AUGGCACUGCCCCCCAGUCCCCUGGCCAUGGAAUAUGUCAAUGACUUUGACUUGAUGAAGUUUGAGGUAAAGCGGGAGCCCCUUGAGGGGCGAUCGGUGGCCUCAACAGCCUCGCUGGGCUCCACACCCUACAGCUCAGUGCCUCCUUCACCGACCUUCAGUGAGCCAGGCAUGGUGGGGGCCACUGAGGGCCCCCGGUCAGGCCUGGAGGAGCUGUACUGGCUGGCCACCCUGCAGCAGCAGCUGGGUUCUGGGGAGGCACUGGGGCUGAGUCCUGAUGAGGCAGUGGAGUUGCUUCAGGGUCAGGGCUCAGUCCCUGUUGAGGGGCCUCAUGGCUACUACCCAGGGAGCCUAGAGGAAACAGGAGCCCAACAUGCCCAGCUGGCUGAGCGGUUUUCGGAUGCAGCGCUGGUAUCGAUGUCGGUGCGGGAACUAAACCGGCAGCUGCGGGGCUGCGGGCGCGACGAGGCACUUCGACUGAAGCAGAGGCGCCGCACGCUGAAGAACCGCGGUUACGCACAGGCCUGUCGCUCCAAGCGGCUGCAGCAGCGGCGCGGGCUGGAGGCGGAGCGCGCCCGCCUGGCUGCUCAGUUGGACGCGCUGCGGGCGGAGGUAGCUCGCCUGUCUCGGGAGCGCGACCUCUACAAGGCUCGCUGUGACCGGUUAACCUCUAUUGGCCCGGGACCCGGGGACCACACCCACCUCCUCCUCUGA